ACAUAUACUGCAGCCGACUCUCACUUCUGAUAUGCAACAUGCUUUUUGCUCGUAUGUACACUCCCGCGCCUCAUGCCCCGAGUGAACCCUGCGGACCGCAAGCGCGUGAGGCGGCCCAAGACGCGGACGGGCUGCAAGACCUGUAAAAUCAGGCGAAUCAAGUGUGACGAAGCAAAGCCAUCGUGUCGCCGCUGCACUUCCACGGGACGCAAGUGCGAUGGCUAUGAUGUCUCACUGGAGCCUCCAUCCUCGCUCGUCGGCGUGCGAAAAGGCCUCUAUUGGACGGAUUCGCUCUCAUCGCGAGGACUGAGAGCAUUACAGUUCUUCCAAGAGAUUACUGUUCCCCAACUAGCCGGCUCACAUGAUCACUCCCUCUGGAGCCACAAGCUUUUACAGUCCGCAUGCGAGGACGUCGGGAUGCGCCAUGCCAUUGUCGCCCUGAGCACUCUCCACGAGGACUUUGUGACCACAGGCGAGGCCGAGAGGACCAAGGAUAGCUUUGCACUGCAGCAGUACAAUCUCUCCAUCCGCCAGUACAUCAAAGGCCCGAGUCAAGCUCGUCCAGACUGCAUCAUGGACUACAGCGUUGCAUCUAUCAUCUACAUUUGCAUCGAGCUACUGCAGGGCCACUAUCAGUCCGCGCUAUCACUGAUCGAAAGCAGUGUCCGCCUCUUCUAUGAUGAGGUGGUAAAGGCGCCAGGGCUAUCACGCUGGCCAUUGGAAAUGAUCGAAGUCAUUCUGGACCGCUUUCAGUGCCAAAUCAUGGGUCUGAUGGUCAAGUCGUUCGCCAGCAAAGUGGUCCUCCCGAGCGUCAGGAGGGCUGAUACGCUGGUCAUCCCGGAGCAAUUCGAGUCGGUGCACGAGGCGAACGACUACUUUGAUUGCUAUUAUCAGACAUAUGCGCUGUCGAAGGGAUCUCUGUCGGCCGAGGAAAUCAAAUCCUACGUCCAAAUCCUGCGUCGAUGGGUCGCAGCUUUCGAUGCCAUGUUGGCGUCGCUCGGUCCAGAUUUGCACUGGCGGGAUGCACGGAUGGUGAAGCUGCUUCAAAUUCAACAGCUCAUGUUGAACCUCCCAUCCCAAGCCAAAUCCGGUGUCGGAAGCGGCAGAGAUGCCGAAUUCACGGCCAUAUAUCGGCAGGUCGUCGAUCUAGCAGAGUCCGCAUUGCACGAAGGCGGCGCUGCACCCAUCGACUCUUCAGCACCUCACUUCGUUUUUACUCUUGAUGUGGAUGUCGUCGGGCCACUAUACGAUGUGGCUUGCGGCUGUCGAGACCCCAGCGUUCGCCGGAGAGCCCUUGCCUUACUUCGCCGUUAUCCUCGACGCGAGGGACUAUGGGACAGCCUGCUCGCUGCCCGCACUGCGGAGCGAUGUAUGGAGCUGGAAGAGGGUGCGGCGGGCGUUGUUGAGAGUGCUGCAGACGUGCCGGAUUGGGCGAGAGUCUCGCAUACCACGGCCAUAUUCAAUGUUGGCGAGCGGCGGGCAACUGUGAUAUUCGAGAGUACUGGAGCGCCGGCAACCGACUCACCUGCCAUUAGCUUAAGCGAAGUUCUCGAGUGGUGAGCAGUAGUCCAGUGGACAGAGCAGGGCCAUUGCUAUGAAAAGGAUGGAUUAUACGGAGAUCACGAAGAAUACGCGAUCGUCGCGCUUGGCGCGCAAGAGAACCAUUGCGUGCACCAAAUCCACCAGCCUUGGCCAAAUUAAUUGGUGAGGAACUUGGCGCUUGGCCCAACUUGGCAGGAGGUACACAGCCUUGCACUAGCCACAUUAUAUGGUCAUCGGCACCUCCCCUACCACAUUUCCCGCCUCUGGC